UUUGCGAACUCCGGCUGACUCCGGCGGUGAAGCUAUCGUAAAAUACUGUUUGUUUAACAGAAAGACGAUAAAAUUUGUAUUCAUAACGAACUAUAUAGUUACUAUUUACUACCAAUACAUUUAUGGCGGUUAAAUACCGGCCGCUUUAGGCUACAGCUUGUGUUUUGAAGCGGAAAUGUGACUCGAAUUAUGUUUAGUUUUUCUAAGAUCAUAUUUCGGAUUUCCAACAGCUAUUUCUUUGAUUGUUUCGUGAGAAACGAGGUGUCGUGUUCGUGUUUUACCGGAUAGUCGUUCCUACGUGCGUGAGACGUGAUGAUGAUGGACGCCUGCUGUUCCCGCUUCACGGCGGCGGAGGGCGGCGCCCGACUAGCCGCCGCAGCCUCCACAAAGAACAUCCUAGCCGUGGAGUAUGCUAGCUUCAUACCUGUCCGACUACUCUAUGAAAAAGCCCACCAGAUCCGCGGGUCUCUUUUUGAAGGCAGUAAGCGAUCAAUAUACAUAACUCGAGCUUCCAGAGUACAAGUGGUAGCGUUUGAACUGAAGAUACUGACCGACCUCGGCACGGUAGCAGCCCAGACGUACGAUGAGGUGUAUGAUUGGAUGGCUGAGUUGGAGACUAAAGAGGUCGUAAUAUGCACUUCGGCAGUCCUGAAACGGAUAUUACAUGAGGAGUUAUUGUCUAUGUCUAAUAUCAACGUACUUAUUGUAGACAGCUGCCAUCUCAUCUAUAAAGAUGAAGAUUUGAAAUAUAUUAUGCGCACCUACAAAGAAUGCUCGAAAAAUGAUCAACCAAUAAUCCUAGCACUAACAUACCCACUGUUCAAUUCGAAAAAAGACUCCGAAGACAAGAAAGAGACAGCCGAACAAAGCGAGAAAGAGAAACAAGACACAAUUACUACAAGCGAGAAAGAGACGGCACAACAAAGCGAGAAAGAGAAACAAGAGAUAAUUUCUACAAGCGAGAAAGAGACGGCACAACAAAGCGAGAAAGAGAAACAAGCCACAAUUACUACAAGCGAGAAAGAGACGGCACAACAAAGCGAGGAAGAGAAACAAGAUGCCAUUGAGAAAGAGAAUACAGAAGAUUUGACGGCUCCGUCUUCGGAAGGUGCGAGUGAGACGCCAAAUAGGAUUUUUGAACGUGCGAAAGGGACGGAGAUUGAAGAGAUUGGUGUUUAUAAGAACUUGGACGAUUUUGAUAUGUAUGAGAAGUUGGAGUGGAAAAUAGAAGAAUUGGAGAAGGAAUUGUGUUGUCAAAUGGAUUUAGCUGAAGAUAUAGAUGGCGGGAAGAGAAUGUCAGCCUCAGUAAGCAAGCCUCGGGAGCUUAUAAUUGAGUAUGAUGGCAAACCGACAGAAGAACAGCUGCCCGAUAUAUAUAGAGACUUAGAUAAGUACAUGAGGGAUACCGUGCAAGAUGCUUUGGACUUUAUCGAAGAUCAUAGACACGACCCCACGGAAAUAUACGGCGAUGAGUUGUAUGAUGAGUUCAUGAGCAUUCCAGACCCCACCAUAGACCCCAAAAUGGUGUUCAAGAAGUUUCUAUACGUUUUGGAGCAACUAGGACCCUACGCAGCCGACAAAGCAGCAUUCUGUCUCCUAAACAAACUAGAAAAACUAAAAAUUAAAAUUCCUUACGAGAGACAUUUCAUUCUCAUGUGUCUAUGUACGACAGUUUUUAUAAAAAUUCGAUGUUACGCCGAACUAGUAUUUAACACCAUAGAGGAUGAAUGGACCAGAAUCAAAACGUUUUCGACACCGAAAAUAUUACGAUUCGUCGAAAUUUUGGAAAAAUUCAAACCGCCCGAGUCAAAGAAUUCGACAAAUGUCAGAUCGGACUGUGAUAGUGCAUCUAUCAAACCCGAUGCUGAUCUUGACAGCAAAGAUGACUCAGAUAAUACGAAAAAGAAAGAAGACAAUAUAAAAAAACUACUAAAAGAUAUAGAAUCGUGUGAUUUUAACACUUUAGGCGACAAAAUACAAGACAAAGUCCAUAUAUACGAAACUAAUCUGAAAGAAUUGCCCAAUUCUAAAUCGGAUAGCGACGAAAAAUCCGAUUCGACGCCGGAAAGUCCGAAAAACCAACCGAAUGAUAUACCAAACGAAUUUUCCGAACCAAAAUCUGACAAUAAUGAUCAAUUAAAAAGUCAGCCGGAUGGUCAACAGAAUAGUCAGCCGUCCGUUCAAGAUAGUCAGCCAGCAACUAAAAUUGGAAUGGAUCAUAAAGGGAAUGAAUUUCUUUUUCAACAACGAGGUUUAUUAGGGUUUACCAGAAGAGCUGGGAAUAGGCUGCGGGGUAAAUCUAGGAUGCAAAGGAAUAAUGCAGCCAGAGCCCUGCAGAUGCAACAGAACCCUGAUGCUUUGUGCGGCAUUGUUUUUAUGAAGGAGCCGCUUAUUGCCAAGAUCAUGUUCAUGGUGAUUGUGGACAUGUCCCGCUGCAACCCGUGUCUGAGUUACGUGUGUGUGCAGUUCUGUGCCACCGAGUCCCCGGCCGACCCGGGAACCGAACCCAGGGAGUGUUUGAGGCAGGGAAAGCGACAGGAGGAUGUGCUGAAGAAAUUCCGUAUGCACGAAUGUAACCUACUGCUAGCGACGUCAGCACUAGAGGAGGGCAUUGACCUCCCGCGGUGUAACCUCGUACUGAGGUGGGAUGUACCACCUUCGUACCGUUCGUACGGCCUGUGCCGCGGGCGCGGCCGCGCGGCGCGCUCGGCGGCCGCCCUCCUGUGCAGCGACUCCACCGACACUACUGCACUGUUGCUACACCAUGUCGCGACCUACAGGGAACUCGAUCAGAUCAUCAGCCGUAAAUGUGGCUGCGGAAUUCAGGACGAACCACCCCAAUCCGAAGAAGAUCAUGCAGACGCAUUCACCACAUUUGUUAAACCAUAUUCUCCCAACGACAAUAAAAAUACAAAUCAAAAAAAUACAGAAACAGUCAGUGACACAGUGGCCAUCGAUGACACAGACGCCAACGACACUCUGUCAACGAAUGACACAGAACCAAUAUCCGCGAAUGACGCUUUUCAAAUAAAUGACGCGAUGUCAAUCGACAUGAAUGACGCUCAGCCAAUGAAUGACGCGGUCGACAGUAUAUGUCGAAAUGAUGUUAAUAUACAUAAUUUGGAUAUUAACAAUGAUUUAGUAGAAUUGAAUGAUAAAAUAGCUAAUGAUUUGAAAAUUGAUGAUAAUAAAAAUCAAAUCGAUGGAGUUUUACCAAACAAAGAAGGUUUAGAUAAAGAUGUGAUAUCUCAAAACAAUGAGACUGGUGAAAUAGAACUGAAUCCUUCUACAAAAGAUGAAAAAAUACUCGAAAAUGACGUUAAAAGUGAUAUAUCAAAUAAAAUAGCGCACAAAGAUAUAGAUGUGUCGUCCAAAGAUAAAGAUAUGUCGUCAAAAGAUAUGUCAUGCAAAGGAUAUUGUAAUAAGUGUUUUAAUGCGAAGUUAAAUGGUGUUUGUUUGUGUACGAAUGUGAAUUUAUAUUAUCAGUUGUUGGCCAAAUCUAAUAAUAGCAACCGCGGUGAACAUAGAAAGGGUCAAAAUGAAGAAUCCUUUGCUAGCGUCGAUUUGAGUACGGCUAUCGCUUUGAUCAAUCGGUACUGCGGCAAGCUCCCAUCGGAUACUUUCACCCGGCUGGCUCCUCAGUGGUGGACUGAGGAAGUGGAAUUGCCGGUCAAAGGAACCGGGCAGGUCAGGCCGGCCUAUAUAUGUACUCUACGGCUACCACUCAACUGUCCCGUCAAAUAUAAUAUUGUGGGUCACCCAAUGCCGACGAAGGUGUUAGCUCGCCGAAUGGUCGCGCUACAAGCGUGUCGGAUACUACACAAGUCUGGCGAGCUGGACAAUCAACUAAUGCCCAUAGGUAAAGAGAACUUCAGAGCGGUGGAAUUGGAAGGUGUGAACAAUAUCGGUACCUACACGGGUAAUGAACCCGCCGACGCCCACGACUCCGCCCGCCCCGGCACUACUAAACGAAGGCAGUAUUAUUAUAAACGGACAGCUUGGGCGUUUACUGACUGUCAACCGGUAAUAGACUCCACGGACGAACAAAUCUACCCGGGUGUCGACCCUGAUACCCUGGACAUACACAGCGAUGUAGAGGCUACCAGCCAGGAGGAGAAGAAGGAGGGGACUAGACAUAAGGAGGGCAGGAGGGAUGCCGGUAAACGCAACAUGCUGUAUGCGAUAGUAUCAAAGUUAUGGUGCGCCCUACCCGAACGGUAUAAUACUCGAGGCAGGCGACUCCACGCGCCGCAACUAGCUAGCCAGGCUAUUGGGAUACUCAUGGCCAGGCAGGAGCCAGACAAUCUCCAGAUCCCGUCGUUCCCGGUGUACACGCGGUCGGGCGAGGUGCGAGUGUCCGUGGAGCACGUGGCCGGGGCCGACGUCAGGAUGUCGCCGCGACGAGCUAAACUCAUUCGAAGGUUUAUGCGAUUUGUAUUCGCGGAAGUAUUGCGCGUACGUCGGCGCGGUAUGAAACUACAGAGCGAAGGUUCUACCCACAACAACUACUACAUCGUGCCUACAGUUAAAACGGUGUCUCCAGACGGUCUACACAAGAUAGACAUAGACUGGGACUUCCUAGAACUCAUAUACCAACAUACGGAAGAGAAGAAAGCGAGUGACUUAGAGAAACCAGUACUGUGGCAGGAGAUGCCUGAAGAGGAGAAGUCUGAGAAGGAUUCUAACAGACGCAGAAGAGGCAAGAAGCGAAUGGCGAAUCCCCUCUUGAAACAAGGCGAAACGUUUGUAUUUGACGCGGAAAGAUACAAGGAGGCUGUAGUCACGCCCUGGUAUAGGAACCAGGAUCAACCUCAGUUCUUCCUAGUAGCAGAAAUAUGCUGGAAUCUAACUCCAGACUCCUCGUUCCCAUCGGCCACCCACCAGAGCUUCAGAGACUACUACAGCACGAAGUAUGGAGUCACUCUCACGCAGAGGGACCAACCACUGCUCGACGUGGACCAUACUUCUGCUAGACUUAAUCUACUUACACCUAGAUACGUAAACCGCAAAGGCGUAGCCCUUCCCGUGUCAUCAGAGCGCACCCGGCGAGCUAAACGAGAUCGCUUGGAUCAGAAACAGAUUCUAAUACCGGAGCUAUGUCGCGUGCAUCCAUUCGCCGCGCCGCUCUGGUUCGCUACUGUAGCAUUGCCCUGUGUCUUGUAUAGGAUAAAUGCCCUCCUGAUAGCAGACGAGAUACGUCGCGCGGUUGCGAUAGACGUAGGUCUAGGUAUACCGAAGAUCAAUGAUCACACCAUGCCUGGCUUCCAGUGGCCAGCGCUGGACUUCGGGUGGAGUUUGGCUGAGGUUUUGAGCGCAGAUUCAGAAAAGAACGACAAAAAGAAGGACGAGGAUGAAUCUAAGAAAGACAUAAAGGACAGUGAGAGCAGCAGUGACAAAGAAAAGACAGAAGCAGACGGCUCACAGAAGAGUACAGAAGAAGACACAGGUCUAGAAGAUGACACACCCCCUGUAGAGAAGACUAUCAAUGAUAUACUGCAGGAGAAGGAAGCUGCUGAGGCUGACGCUGCUUUUGAGAUAGGUACUUGGAGCAACGACAUGGCGUCCUCGAUCCCCGAGACGUCGGAGUACGACGAACUGAUGGAACCUCUUCCUCCCAACCUCACCUUCUGUACUUCUGCUUCUGGAGGUACAAAUUGGUGCGAUCCUGUAGUCAAGCCGAAAUACAACCAAUAUGGAGCGUCAAAGAACUUCUCAAUGGCUGACAGCGAUGAUUCUUUUAUGUCUAGCGAUCUAGAUUCAGAUGAUACAGACCUAGACUACGACGGUAGCGAUGAAGAUGCAGACGCCAAUGGAUUCUGCAGCAGUAGGAAUGCUAACACGACAAUGGGCGUUCGCAUUGAGUAUAAGACUGCUCAUGAAGCUGAAGCAUUCGACAUAGAACGAACUAAGAAGGUGAAUCCUGCGCCGUUGCCUGAUGAGGAAGACGACGCCAACGACAGGGCAAUACAUGAUGAACUCAUCCGUCAGGGGAGCGCGCCUGACGAGUACAUACAAAAGUUCCGUUCAGCCGUCACCCAACACAAACAAGAUAUCAUAGAUAAGAACCAACUAAUAACCAAAGAGGAUGAUAUCACAGAAAUCCUACCAGAGACAAAGGAAACGUACCAUAGCUCCAUAAUCUGUAAAAAAACUGAAACACAAGCCAUAGACGAAUUAUUCCCGUACACCACAGACGAAUUGGAAAUCAAGGACGGACAAAUAAGCAUAGAAAGUAUAGAGAGAAACAAACGAGUGUUGCUAGCUCAAAUAAAAGAAAAAAUACCAAGCUACCAAUUGAAGAAAUUAAAUUGCUUUUCCAUGAAAGAUAUUAAUAUUGAUUCGAAAGAUUAUAUUAAUGAAAAGAUUGUUAACGUUGGUUUUGAUAAUAAAGAGGGGUAUAAAGAUGUUUGUAAGGGGAUGGGGGAGUUCAUACCGUAUUAUACGGAUGGAAGGGGGGGCAAGGAAUUCGAUUUUGAUUUCCAACCCGUGCUGGAAGGGCAUCCUGGACCGAGUCCUAGUGUUAUUUUGCAGGCGCUUACAAUGUCAAAUGCGAACGACGGUAUAAAUCUAGAACGACUAGAGACGAUUGGCGACAGUUUCUUAAAGUUUGCUAUAACCGCAUACUUGUACUGCGCGCACCCUACCGUGCAUGAGGGGAAACUCAGUCAUAUGAGGAGUAAACAGGUAUCAAAUCUGAACCUCUACCGACUAGGCCGUAACAAGCGACUGGGCGCGCGUAUGAUUGCGUCCAAAUUCGAACCACACGACAACUGGCUACCUCCCUGCCAUAAGCCACCUCCUACUUUACAUCCGAGGUUGAAUGGCGAAGGUAAAGACGUGAUGCAGCAUCUGGAAACUCCAUUGGACGCUGCGGGGUGUUUCAUCCCGUACAACUUGAUUACCCAGCACAGCAUACCAGAUAAAUCAAUAGCGGAUUGCGUGGAAGCCCUGAUAGGGGCGUAUUUACUGGAGUGCGGUCCCCGUGGGGCCCUACUGUUUAUGUCGUGGCUGGGGAUCAGGGUGUUGCCGUGUCACCACGUCGAGUUGGACGAUAAUCACCCGUUUGUGAAACGAGUGAAGAAGAUGGAGAAAGAUAAUCAGGAACCCAAAUCCCCCUCAACACCGGACCUCAAGCGCAGUUCCUCUACAUCGUCAUGUUCGGACGACGACAGUCCCCCCCAGCAGGAAGUGUUCCCCGCGGAGGACUGGUCGUGGCCGGCCAGGGCGGUCGGCUCGCUGCAACCUUACAGAGAUGCGGACGGCAAGUGGAUGCAGCCAAUAUUUGGCGAGUUGAGGGCGCCACCGUCGCCUUUGCUCCGGUAUAUAGAAGAUCCUGAAGGGGAGUUGGAACAAAUGCUCUCAGGUUACGACGCCCUCGAAAGGACCCUCCAGUACCGGUUUAAAGACCGCUCUCUGUUACUGCAAGCGUUGACCCACGCCUCUCAUCAUAGCAACCGUCUGACUGAUUGCUAUCAAAGAUUGGAGUUUCUAGGAGACGCCAUAUUAGAUUACCUAAUAACCCGUCACCUAUACGAGGACCCGCGGCGUCACUCGCCGGGCGCGCUGACCGACCUCCGCUCCGCACUAGUCAACAACACUAUAUUCGCUACUUUAGCGGCUCGACAUGGGUUUCAUAAAUAUUUUCGCCACAUGUCGCCCGGACUGAACGAGGUGUUAACUAAAUACGUGAAGAUACAGGAGGAGAAUGGACAUUCCAUUAGUGAAGAGCAUUACUUAAUCCAAGAGGACGCGAUGGAACAAGCUGAAGACGUAGAGGUCCCCAAAGCGUUGGGUGACCUCUUCGAGUCCGUGGCUGGUGCUAUUUUCUUGGAUUCAGGUAUGUCCCUGGGCGCUGUAUGGAAGUCGUACGUGAACCUGAUGGGAGCUGAGUUGGAGGCGUUCAGUGCGGCCGCGCCGAAGUCUCCCGUAAGGGAACUACUUGAAGCUGAACCUGAUACGGCUAAGUUUGGCAAACCAGAACGCCUAGCAGACGGGCGUCGCGUCCGCGUGUGUGUCGAAGUUUUCGGCCGCGGCACCUUCAAGGGGGUCGGCAGAAACUAUAGGAUAGCUAAAGGAACAGCUGCGCGAUGCGCCUUAAGACAUUUGAAGGUUCAUAGAGCUCGCUAGCAGAAGGAGACUUGGUAAGAUAAGAUGUAGAUUGCCAAAGAAGAAAUAAAGUGUCAUCUCGUUUCGCUAAAGACUGGAAUUCCUUGUCAGAGUCUAUGUUUCCUGAAGGGUAUAACCUGGGUGUCUUCAAGGCUUGAGUGAAUAGCUUGCUUAUGGGACGACGUGCUACAUCGUAGACCGCAUCAUCGCUUACAGGCGAGAUAGCAAACGUCAACCUAUUCAAUAUUAUUUUGGAAGCUUUCAUUGAUUACAAUGACAAAAUGUAUUAAUAAUAUUGUAACAUAAUUCCUGUACUCACACCUCUAUCUAUGACUAAAUCGUCAACAAGCGUGAUGUUAUGUAAAGUCUUUUCUUAUGCAUACGAAAAGACUGAUUUCGUCUUAGAUUUAAGCUUAAUCUAGAUUUUUAACGGCGCAAUACACCGAAACAACCUCAAUAUAGCUAACAUAGGGAAAUUUUGAUAUGCAAAUUUAAAAAAAAAACAGAUAUUAACAUAAUAUGUAAAUAAUUAAUUCGUGUAUUGUUCAGAUGAGCCUCGUUGGCCGAGUGGUCGCAAGUGCGACUGCCGGGCAAGGAGUCUGGGUCGGACAAUGUUUUAUUGGGGUGUAAAAAAAUCUUCAGUGUAAGCACGGAGUCUGGAAUUGUGCCCGGUAUAUGGCAAUAGACUCACCCCCUAUUACAUGGGA